AUGGUGCUUGUUGCACACAGUGGUGACCUUGAUGCUGCCUUUCAGGCCCUGGCCCGGGACGAGCAGUCCAAGAAGGCAAAGGCACACGUUGUGGGGCCGGGCGCGGCAGCUCGGGCAUGCUUGAUGCCGCCGACCCAGGACGAGUUGGCCGAGCGGCCCGCCAAUGAGAAGGCGCGCUGUCUGAGAGCGGAAUCCUGCUUCUGGUCUGCACUCAUGCUUGAUGCCUCAGGCCGGCUCCGACCGGCCCCGCACUCAGUUGACAACGGUGCCGCAGCGUGGGCGCCGAUUGGAAGCCUAGGACGGAUGUUGCCUGGAAGUUUCUCGGGGCGAUGGCGGGUAUUGCUGUGCUCAUCAUCACAUUUCUCCAGCUUCAGCAGGCCAUGUGCGACUCGGAGUGUUGCAACCAUUGCUAUGAUCAUCAUCGCAGCUGUCCCGCUGCAGCAGGCCAUCCGGGAGUCACCUGAAAGGCGACUGCAGGAGGCAGUGCGAACCCUGAUGCGCCCGCACAUCCCCACCAAGAUACUUAAGGAGCAGGUCGUGCAGCGCAAGGCAGCGCUGCUUCGGGUCAUCGCAGACAUCAGGAGCAGGAUCAGCUCCUGGGAGGAACAUGCCACCGUGGUCACCGGCCGCUACGGCUGCGGCAAGUCGGUGGCCGUGCAAGAGGCCCUCCGCGGCCUUCGGGGCGUCUAUGUCCACACCGUGGAGAACGCAGAGUGGAAGUCCACCCUUUACGAGGAACUGCACCUGGACGGGCAGGGAAUGCUCAAAGAGCUCUUCAAUCGGGUAGCGGCGGAGCUCAAGAAGGAUCCCGAGGCCCUCUCCAAGGUGCCGAUCCUGGUGUUGGACAUUCCGCGAGAGACGACCCAAAGCAUGAGUCUCGUGUCGAACUUCGCGAAGGAGAUGUCCACGGACCAGAUGGGCAGCGCGGUGCACGUUAUCGUCUGUGCCUCCGCCGCAGGCACGGCUAUGACCUUCGAUGCUGGAGGUGCCCCGCGACAGGUGAACUUCUGGGUCGAGGAUCUCACCGAGGAGGAGGCUCAGCAGAUGCUGGAGCUGAAGGGGCAUGCGGAGGACUGGAAGCAGUUCACGGCCGCUUGUGGCCUCAACGCGUUGGACCUAGCCGUUGCCUGCCGAGACUACGCCGGCCCCAACAGCUUGGAGACGAUGAGGCGCCAGAAGGAGGCCAAGGCCCACCAGGAAGCGCUUCAGUUCUUCCAGCACUGCAAGGUCCAGAAUGUGGACACCACGUUCCUCGUAGGCCCCAGCAUUCUGCAAGCCUUGUUGGCCAACCGCAAACGCGGGGACGGUCAUGGCGUCGGCAUGCUGAGUGCCGGAACUGCCGCGGUGCCGAAGAAGGUAGCUCAGUGGAUGAGGCAGGAGGGCUGCCACCCGGUCAUUUGGCAUACAACACACGAGAAGUACAAGUUUGCGUCGGAGCGCCACGCAGAAGCCGCGGCCGCAAUUUUGAACCGACGCCGGUGCAUAUCACGAUGGCGCUACCUCGCGGGGAGCUCUGAUGACGUAGGUUCUGUUUGUGUUGGUCGAAAUGGGGUCGAAAUGGGGGUCGAAAUGGGGUCGAAAUGGGGUCGAAAUGGGGUCGAAAUGGGGUCGAAAUGGGUCCGAAAUGGGUCCAAAAUGGGGUCAAAAUGGGGUCGAAAUGGGGUCGAAAAUCGAUCAACUUGUGCUUGGAGCGCACCGUUUCUGCUGCUUUUAAGAGUGAAUACGUUCUGCAUUGAGAUUUCGGGCUUCGAGAUUGGGAAAGCACAUUUUGUGCUGCGUAGCUUCAGCUUGACCAUCAUGUCGGAUGUCUCUUCGUCCUCUGCGUCUUCUGAAGUUGGCAAAGUCUCGGAGCAAGUGAAUGAGCCCUUGGUCGAGACUGCAGAGCUGAACAGCAAAGACGACGGGAAAGCUGCAGAGCUGGCAAGCAACGGCAAGACCGACGGGAAAGCUGCACAGCUGGCAAGCAACGGCAAGACCGACACAUCAGCUGCAAAGCCCCGUCACUACUUGAACAAGCUCGAGGCGAAGAAGCUCAAGCGCCGUCGGGAAGCUGAAGCAGAAGGGCGCGUGAUCAGAGGGUAUGAGAAGAAGACCAAUCAGGUCAUUCAGCACAUCACGGCCGAUGGAACUCAAACUCGAAGCGAGAUCUAG